AUGUAGGGAGUGUUGAAUAGUGACAAUGGCAAAUUCCCGCCAGAAUUGAAAAUUAGGAAUAAUGUUUUUCUUUUAAUCCACAAAAGUAUACCUGUGCUUAUGAAAUAUAAGUUUAAGUGCAUUUAGGGAACUUCAAAUAUGUGAUGUGUUGGUGGGGGACUGUUACAGGUAAUGUGGUUUUAGACUUGAUGUGUCGUAGUCCAACUUUGUGCCUUAUAAGGCCCUUCUAGGGUCUAGGUAAUACUGUACUGUGAAAACUCAACCUUUGGACAAUCACCAUAGAGAAUGUUUGUAGUCAACUUGUAGUAAUGAAUCUGUCAUUGUAGCAUAGGACUCUGGAAUCUAUCAUUGGAAAGUUAACUUUAUUAUAAUACAUAAUUUGUUUUGCCAAGGACAGGCCUGUUUCUAUACUGUAUAUGCCUUAUAUUGAAUUCCCCCCCCCCCCUUCCUGGUGAAACUACAGACCAUUCCUAGGAUGCAACCCCACAACAGUUGACUAACUCCUGGGGUACCUAUUACUAGGUGAACAGAGGCAUUAGGUGAAAAGAAACGUGUCCAACCAUUUCUAUCCCACCUGCAAAUCUAACCCGAGAUCUCUGAUUGGGAGUCGGAAAUGGCGUGAACUGUACUACGAGACCCUGUAAAGGAGUUGGCUGGCUUUUGAUGAUUGCCGCACUUAAAAGCAGUGUAUGCGUAGCAUCUUCAAUAUUUACGUGGUAAAAUCUAAUGGCUUGAAGUUGUAACAUGAAGAGGAAAUGUACAUCAAAUGAAGGGAAGGAAUCCAAUAGACAGACAAAGUUAAACGGUAGAAAAAGGAACAAUAUAACAAAAUCAGUUGAAAUAGAAGUUACCACUACUGUUGAAGACUCCAACAUUGUUAUGGAUUUAAACACUCUUGAAAAUUCUGAAGAUAUCUUUUCCUCAUUAUCUUCAAAUCUAAGUUCAGAGACAAGUGAAAGUGACUUUGAUUUAUCACCACAGGAAAUCAAGCAAAUUAAAUGUAGCUUAACUUCCAAAACCUUUGUGACUUCAGAAAGGAAAGCUGAAUUAUGGCAAGAGAUUUGUAACGAGGCGGCCGUAACAGAGUAGGCCGAGAUAGAACUGAGUCGUCGAUUGUAAACAGAGAGAGUGGGUAACGUGCCAGUAUGACUGAGAGAGUUGUGGCUCUGCUGGAUAUGGAUUGCUUCUAUGUGCAGGUUGAGGAACGUGACCACCCAUACAUCAAGGGCGUCCCCGCAGCUGUGGUCCAGUACAACACCUGGAAAGGUGGAGGGAUUAUAGCGGUCAACUAUGAAGCUCGCAGUUUUGGUGUGAAACGAGGCAUGCGUGGAGAUGAAGCUCGAAGUAAAUGUCCAGACAUACAGUUAGUGCAAGUUCCUGUGAGCAGAGGGAAAGCUGAUCUUACUAAGUACCGCAAUGCAGGGAAAGAGGUGAUCAGCGUGUUGUGUGACUUUAGUGACUGCAUAGAGAGAGCAAGCAUUGAUGAAGCAUAUAUUGAUUUCACAAAUGUAAUUGAAGGAAAGAUGAAACAGUUAUGUGCAGAUAAAAUAACUCCAGAUGUACUGAAGUCUACCUGGGUAAUUGGUUUUGACAAGGCUGAAUGUGAGGAUAAAGAAGAUAUGCGUCGGAAAGGAAUAGAAAAUUGGCUGGCUUCACUGUAUAAUGAUGAGGACUGUGCCUUGCCUGUAACCUCUGCUCAUCCUCACUGGGACAAUCUAAGACUAACUUGUGCAGCAAUUCUUUGUGAAGAAAUGAGAAAAGCAGUUUUUGAACGUACCAGCUUUAAGUGUUCUGCUGGAAUAGCUCAUAAUAAGAUGCUUGCCAAGUUAUCAUGCGGACUUCACAAACCCAACCAGCAGACUGUCUUGCCUCAGUGUCAGGUUGGGGAGUUGUGGGAGAAUAUGGAAGUGGGGAAGAUUCGUAAUCUUGGGGGCAAGCUUGGAGCCUCUGUGACAGACGAGCUCAGUUGUGUUACCAUGGCUGAUCUUGGUCGACUUUCCCUCCAGCAGCUGAAGGGAAGAUACGAUGAUAAGACAGCGUACUGGCUUUAUAAUCUUGGGAAAGGAGUGGACAGUGAGCCUGUUAUUUCACGCCAGCUUCCGAAAAGUGUUGGUUGUGGAAAAAAUUUCCAGGGAAAAGAAGCACUAAAUACGAAGGAGAAGGUGCGGAAGUGGAUGCAGAGCCUUGCAGAUGAAUUAUCUGAACGUUUAAAUAUUGAUCAAAACGCAAACAAGCGGCAGGCGAAGACACUAACUGUUAGUAUUAGAGUAGAUGGCGACGAGCGUUGGUUAUCGCUCUCUAGGUCUUGUGGACUCCCGUCUUACAGUGCAGAGCGCAUUAGCCAACUUGGAAUUUCUUUGAUAAAGCACACAAACCAGGCCUUACCUAAAGAUCCUGCAUGGACACCAGCCAUCAAGAAUAUUAGUCUUUCUGCUGGGAAAUUUGAGGACUGGGAAGGAUCUAGUUCAGGAAACAUUCAGGAUAUGUUUAAAAAGGUAGCAUUGAAUAAUUCAUUAGUAUCUCAACAAGAGAGAAUGCCUUCCAUGCCUUGUGAGGAGGAAACACACGAGACUCACAUUGCAAGUACUCCUCAGUUUCUGACCUUAAAGCAUUCUGACAAGAUUUUAGAUGUAUGUGUUGGUGGAAGUUCUGAAUCUAUUAAAAAACACAGCACACAAGUUAAAGAUAAUUUGAUAAAUGAUACAGCAGUUAAUUUGUGCAGCUUGAAAGUUCAUGAAGUGACUGCUGCUAAUAGAAUUAGUACUGAAUCCAUAUCUGAAAAAAGCAAAGGAAUGCAUGAAAAUUCAAACAAUUCAUUCUUUAAAAACUUCAUCUUGAAAAAUACAAAAAAUAAUGAAAAUGCUUGCAAAACUUUUACAUCUCUAAAAAAGAAAACAGAUGAUGGAACCUCUGAAAUAAAUUGUGCUCCUAAUAAUGCUGAGGUAAAAGAAGCAAAACCUGUGAAUACUUGUGAUGGGGAGAUGGAAGAUGAAGAUGAGAGUGAUCUCGAUCUACUUGUUAGUUUCUUAGAUAAAGAUGCAGAAAAUCAGGUCAAUUUAUUAAAUAGUGAUGAUAAAACUUUGUCUAAAAAUAAUGUUCCAAAUUGUGCUGACACUGAUAUAAGCCAUAGUGCUUGUCGACAAAAUACACAUUUAAUUUGUGAAAGUCCAGAUCUCUUUAGUUCAGACGACUCUAAGAGUUCAAUUGAGGUAUUAGAGAGCAGAGACAGUAAGAGCAAAACUGGUGGGAUAAAAAUGAGCAGUUCCACAUGUAAAGCAACAUUGUUAUCAGCUCAAGACAUUCUUGCUGAUGAAAAUCCUAGUGAUAAGCCAGACAACACUGCAGGUGAUAGUGCAUUAUGUUCACAGGUAAGAAAAAAUACAUCACCUGCUCAUACAUUUAGAGAGCAACAUGAAGAGAAAAAUACGUGCAACAUUUUACAAAACUCAGAAAUUUCUGUUCAAGAACUUUUUCCGGACUUGGAGAAUUUUGAUGCUUCAUUGUUGCCUUUACUGCCAAAGAAUUUAAGAUUUGAGGUAGAAAAGGCACUUGCACUUCACAAAGCCAACUGUGAGAAAACACCUGACAAAAAGUAUGGAAUUUUGAAGUAUAUGAGUGGUAAGCCUUCAGAAUGUACAAGAGAUGAAUGUGAAGUUGAGAAUCCUCAGUCUAUGAAACCUCUUGCUAUUGCUGGGUCGAGCAAAACUGUUAUACCUCAAUAUUCAAUAUUUACCAGUAAACAAAGUGAGGACAAUCAAACUCUAUAUACAAAAAUACCUUGCAGUGAAAAUAAUGGUACUGUGAAUGUGUGUAACUCUGACAAUUUUGAAAACCCACAAGUGGGUUCCAGCAAAAACUUGGUUCAGUGUGAGGAGUGCAGCUGUUACAUUUCUGCAUUUGAACUUCCAGAGCACAUGGAUUACCAUGUAGCACUUAAGCUGCAAAAUGAUAUGCAACAAGAGAGAGAUACAGCUACAGUUACAGAGAAAGGAGAAAGAAAAGUUAGUCCAAUGAAACACAAGCCAAGUAAAGGAAAGAAAAGAGGUAAGACUAGUAAGGUCGAAACAUAUCUGGAAAGUAAAAAGAUUAAAACAAUUGAUUUGUUUUUCAAAAGAUGACAUUAACCUAAAUACCACUUUUUCUGAGCUGUUCACAUUUAGUUGUUUGAUGGGUGACACUCUUGGCAUCUAUGUCAUAGGAAACUUUUCAAAUGGUUUUCCCUAUUGGGGCUCAAACAAGACUUCUAGCAGCCUGGUAUACACAACUGGGACCAGCUGGCAGCACCUGACCCACAACAGUCCCCACAGAUUUCCAUCCUAAUUGUUUGAUGUUGUGGCAUCUAUGCUGAGUUAGUGAGUGAAUAUGGUGAGUGACACAACCAUGCCUGAUGUGUUGUGCAAGGAUCCUGAUUUGAUUUUUUUUUACACCCCAAAUAGUAAAAUUUGGGUGUAAAAUUUCAAAUUCGUUUGUUUUUACCUUAUUAUUUCCUUCAUUCUACCAGCUGGGUCCAUGGCCCUUUUUAUUUUAGACUGUAACAUGUGUUUUAGUGGAUGCCUUGCUCAGAUUUUCAUCCGUUUGCAGCAAGAGUAUGGCUGUAGGAUGCUAAUCAUCUGUCCAUGUCCUAUCAUCUGUUAGUGGUUAGGGAUACUGUGCUAAGUUCUGGCCAAGCAGUUGGUAAGACGGUCUCGUUUGAUCCCAAGAAUUUGAACUUAUAGAAUUUUAACUCUUAUACAGCUGUUGAGUAUACAUAAAAUGUACUUUUUGUUGGUUAUUCUUGGCUGAAUUAAUCAUAAUUAAUCAAAGGGGCGGGAUGGCUUGCUCUGUCUGCUCGAGCUUGGUCCUGCGAUUCGUUGGCGUUUUCGGUCAUGUCAUUCGGCCUGUGGUGGCAUUGGGUGGCUCCUCCCUCUUCGGGGGGGGGGGGGGGCUGGCUGGCUGGCAGGGCAGUCUUCUUCCCCUGCACUUCGUCAGGUCAUCUCGGUCAUCACAGUCUCGAACGGGACUGUGGGGAUCUGAGGUUUUUUCCUGGACUUGUUCAGUCUGAACUCCUGGAUUCCUGAAGGGAGCCGGUCGGCCGAGCGGACAGCACACUGGACUUGUGAUCCUGUGGUCCUGGGUUCAAUCCCAGGCGCUGGCGAGAAACACUGGGCAGAGUUUCUUUCACCC